GAGUGGGCCCACAGAACUACAGCUUCACGUUUUCCGCCUUUGAGCAGCACUGCUUUCAAUUGACGAAUUUACCAACGCUCGCAGAAUGCCUGGAUGAAUUUUCAUCGUGUUUUCGUUUAGCUGAAGGGAUUCGGAGUCUGAAAUAAUGGACAGAUCUCAAGAAAAAGCUAUAUCUUCGCAGGCAAAAUUACUAACACUAGAUCAAAGUGCAAAUAUUCAUCAAAAACUUCACGACAAUCAAGCAGGCAUCAACAGAACCGUUCAAAGGAAAAUUUCUGGUGAUUCUACGAUCGAAACUCUAGCUUAUGUUGAUGGAAGRAGUGUUAGUGAUGGUCCAAAUAACAGAAAGCCAGAGCAGUUGAUUUCUCCUUUACAAGCACAGUACUUCAGCACGCUCGGUAAUUCUGGCGUAGGGAUGGGUCUUCCACCUUACUUAUCUUCACAAGCCAUGGAUCAUCGCGGUCUUGGCAGCCUGUUCUACCGUCAUCACCCUAUGCCUAUGUUUCCGUCUGGUUAUACUGGCGCUUAUCCACAACGACUUCCUACCAACGAAGACGCUCGRGAGACAGUAGCCAGCGCUAAGUCAUCAGAGAGGUCAGACACUGGAAUCGAGCCAAAAGAGCCAGUGCGCACUGAAAGUGUUAUUAAAAUCGCCACCGAAAGAUCAGACUUACGAAAACCAGACUCCGUCGAUAAACGACACUCACGACCUGCWAAUGAUGAUUAUACUAGGACUUACCAGGAACGAAACGGUGAUCACGUGCCCUAUCGAGGAUCACGUGACAAAUCAGACGUGACGUCAAACGGCGAUGUACGUCAUUCAGCAAGUAUGGAACGAACGCUUAACGAUUUGAGAUCGUAUCACACUUCGGUAAAUAAUAAAAGCUUGUUGCCUGGAGCGUAUGUUAAAGAUUUUCCAAAUCAAAAGACUGAGUACCAAAGAAUUUCUUCUUCACAAUCGGGUAUGUUUUCAUCGAUGCCCAAGCUGACGCCAAUCGCCCCAAGAGGGCAUCCUUCGUCGCCUUUUUCAUCGGCGCCCUCCAUAACSGAGGGUCUUAGUAGGUCGUCUACUAAUGGAACGUCCGUCAGACCAACCUCGACCGUCUACCAUCCRUCACGUGACUSUAUGACGAGUGAAAGUAUGAUAUCACAACGUGGCGAUAGCCGACACGAAGACGACGCACAUAGAGCUAGUUACUUGGCGCGGUCAGUUUACGAGACAUUUCCAGGGCACUGGGAGCGCGGUGAUGUUUCGUCGCUUUACCCUGGACACUCGGCAUACCAGGCCUACGGAUACGGRAGAACAAUGCACWCUAAACGACCUGACGAUAAAGAAAUUCCCAARGAACUUGAAAAUGUUCGUARCAACCCGCGACAAGUUGAUACGGUUAAGGAGUCUUCGAUAUCUCCCGAUCGGACAACGCAUUAUUUGAAAGAUGUUUCUAAACCUCUACAGGAGAGUGCAGUACACAACAGAGAUUAUGUGAAUAGUCAACCCAWUGYGGUAUCUUCGCAAAAUGACCAGUCAUCGAAAAAYCAGGUCACUUUCAGUAAAAGUGAAAAACCGGUCUUGCCGGAUAAUGCGCGAUAUAAAGUUAGCGAGGAAAAGAAGAACGCUUCAAAAUCAGAUACUGCGAAAGUCAUUACCAAACAAGGUGAUGCAUACGUUGUCUCCGUGCGUGAAACRCCUCAUACCUACUACGCUAAUGGUGGAAGGGGUGGAGAAAAGGUUGAAUCUAUUGAGCGGUCGCGACCCCAAAUAGGGUAUGAGCCSGYAGUUAGCAAAAAGGACGAUAACCAGCGGUCGACUGCUAAAGACAAGCAGGGUGAUCGUGGUGAUAAUCCUGUGAGUAGUGAUUACUCUCGACGAAGAUUUGACUCGAACACCAACGAAAGAAAUGAUCACUCCACUUAUGAAGACUCGAAGAAGACAAACGAUCGGAACAACAACUCGUCGUUUAGUUCCUACUCGCGCUAUCAAAACCACACGGAUCGGGCGCGUCCUUUGAAUAAGAUCUCUCUCGGUCAAGAUAAAGUGUUCGUUCCUCCUAAUGUCACUCUUGAAAUGUACCACAAAAGAGAACAAGAAAUGGAAAGAGCUGCAGCCUCGUGUCGCUCUUCAGAUGCCAUUCGGUCGUCCGAGUUGGCUGCCAUSAAUAGAACUAAACUMCCUGGAAAAAAGGACAAUGACGUAGAAAGUCGGUACCAACCUCCCGACCAAAACAAYGGCCGGCAAUCGUCUAGUAAGCAAGAAGUGACUUCAAAUAGAGGUGAUUCUAAAAGCUCUGAUGAUGAAGAACUGAAAAUCAUCGACGRACGUGUGCCUUCGCAACCUCGUCCCACACGUCAGGACGAACCUAAACGAACGUUAUCUCCYUCACGAGUAUCYCGAAUAACUUCUCCCAAUGGCGCUAAUGCGGUCAAUAGUCAYCCUUACUUAACGCCAUUUGGGGUAAAUYUCUCCGCGCGAAGAACUCCUAGCGAGAGCGAAAUGGUAGCGCGRGAAAAUGCGGAAAGAAGUCUGCAAACCGCUCAGUAUCUUUAYGGCGGUGGACUGGCGUCGUUYUCGGCUAACGCUACACAGUUUAUGGCGUCGGGAGGACGAGGUGAAAUGCCUGUUAUGUUACCAAUGGAGAUGCUGUAUGGCGGAAUKUACAAACCUCAUGUAAUGGACCCUGCUGCACAAGGUGGGGCUGUUAUGCAGGACCCUCUGACUGGUUCGUUGGUUGUUGUCCCUGAAGCACUUCUGAAUCAAAGCAUGUUCAACCCUYUAGCUGCCGAGUCUCAGCUCAUGCURGAUCCACGAUUUUGGGGGAUGCAGGCAUCGAUGGAAGAUCCACGAUGGCAACAGUUUUAUCAACAGCAGACGAAACACAUGUACGAUCAGAUGGAGAAAUAUAAACAUGAGGUGUUGUUAGCUCAGCAGCAGGGAAGACUGCCUGGAUACCCCUUUUAUCCUUUCUAUCAGAAGCAAUUCGAAGCGCAAAAGAAGGAAGAAGAACUUGCUGCAAGGUUGGACCAGCGGCCUAAAUCACGCGAAGAACCAACAGCGAAGCAACGUCCAGAAAGACCUGACGAGCCCUCCCAGAAGGACAAACCUACAACAUCGAUAACUGAACGAAGGUCGUCAUACCCUCAUGAAACAAGACGUGAAGAUGCAGAAAKCAAAGGCGAUCCUUCAAAUCAACGGUCCACUGCAAAACCUGAGAAACUGGAACCACACAGUAUUCCAAAUCCUGAGAAAGACGACCCUGUUGUUCCAAGGGAUACAGUCAAGUCAGCUAAAGUAAUUGAGAAGCGUCGAGAAUCAGAAGAACGAUCACAACAGGAGGAACAGAAUCGCCAGUUUCAACAGUAUUUGCUCCGUGAACCAGUCUUCGAUCCAACCACCAAGUUUCCCUUCUCCAGAAUACAAUCUUCUCAUCCAAAACCUUUGUACUCGCCUACCGAGGUUUCGCCUAGAGAUACGCGAAACAUUCCGCCUAAAUCCUCGCACUAUGGUGACGUCAAUCGCCCUGAAGUAUCGCCACAGAUCGUAUCGGCUGCUGCCACGCUGGCUAAUAUGGACAUUGGGACCCGAUUUCCUUUUAAUCAACAGGGCUUCAAACAGUCGGACGAACGGUUUUUACGUGGGGUCGAACAAGCGGACAAUCCUGCUAGAAAAGCUGGGCGAAAUGAYCAUAUUGUUAAAAGYGAAAAUAUGCCAAUUUCCCACUCGUCUUCGACUGAUCAACCCGUCAUCACAAGCAAUAAGGUAGAAAUGCACAAGAUUCCCAGGCGAACAUCYAGCGACCAGCCACCAACAAAUCCAAUCAGCAAAUCAACACCAGUCAACAGGCAUGCUAGAGAUGGAUUCGAUGUGCUAAGCUUAAUSCGAGAUUCAUCAAGACAGCCUAUUAAUUCWAUGACCAACUUUACCGGGAGAAGACCUUCCGAAGAUCCCAACCGUCAUCCCAUUCCAGYAGAAACGUCACGUCUUCUAGUAGCGAAAGCAGAGAAACUGUCACAAGACGAAGAGCUGGAAGUCAUUCGGAUUGACACUCCUUAUGCUGUGCCUGAGCAACGCAAGGAAGAGAAAGAUAUUUCGGAGCAAAAAGUUCAAGAGAUGGAUCUUCUUCUGUCGAUGUCCAAAGAAAGCAAUGUCAUUGUUGAAAGUCCGUCAUCAAAGUCGGAGAUAUUUUGGAUUGAAUGCUCUGACGCUGAAGAGGAUUAUGAAGUGCAAGCAAUAAAUGACUCCGUUCGGCCGCUAAAAAGAGAAAUAAAUGGGCAUGAUAAAGAGAACUCGAUUAUGUUAUCCCUUCAAAGCUCGAAGUCCGAAGAAGAGAAGAAAAUCAUUCAUGAAAAGAUCGAAAAGUUACGGGAAAUCGCCAAAGGAAGGACAAGGGAAGAACGAUUCACGGCAUUGACUCGACAAAAAGAACUGAGAAGCCCUUCAUCAAUUGUCAACAGCGUGACAGCGUCACUAAACGAAGUGUUAGAUACCAAYGUUAUGGAAAAGGACAUACGAAUGCGGUUAGCUGAGCUUCAGAAGAAAUAUCGAGAAAAACACCGUGAACUUGCAAGACUUCAGCCAAGAAGUAAACAUGGUGAUGAGCAUUCAGGAGGCAAGAACACACCAGUCAAACGAGGACCAGGGAGACCAAGAAAAAGGAAGUACUUCGGAGCCAGCUCAAAGAGCGAAAAAACAACCCCAACCCAAUCGAUCAGUAACGACUCAUUAGACACGAUAGUAAAAAGUGGCACGAGCUCUCCGUCAUGCCCUCGAUCCCCUGUCUUGAAAGCCCCUGUACCAAGUGAAGAUAUUCCGGUGUUUAAGGARUGUGUGGAGCAACCACUGAAAAAGAAAAAGAAGAAAACCAGUGCCAGUAAAAAAGACGAUGUGCAACCGUCGUUGCCUUCGCCAGUUACCGUUAGCCCAACAUUAGUAGAGACAAAACCUCGUGCGAAGCCAUCGAGAAGACCUUCUUCUAGCUCGUCCAAGACCAAAACGACAAGUGCAAUUCCUAUAGUUCCCAGCACUGAGACUUCGAACAUGGAUAAGCUAAUAAGCGCCAUUUCUCCGAUGUUCGAUGAUAACUCCAAUCAGGAGCCGAUCUAUGCUCAGCCAAAUUCCUUAACAACUAUUGACCCUCCCAGUAAGCCCAAAGCAGCAAAAAAGUCCAAGAAGAAGAAAGAGAAACGUUCGAGUAAUGACGAAAGUACUGAUCCCAAAGGAMGYCUGUCAUCUGAUUUGGCAAGUCCCGACAGCGUGAGCCCUAAUUCUAGUAAAAACAACAAGGUCAAGUGCGCAAAGAAAUCCAAAAAGAAAGCCAAAGCUCCAUCCACACCAAAAGUUAAGACAGAGUUCGUUUUUCCAGAAAAUGGUAACAGCAAUGAACAGAAUGUUACAGUCAAAAAGAAAGAAUUUGAAAAACCAGCCGAGAAAGAGCAGAAGAAAGAAAGAGAGGAUGACAUAAGUGAAAAUGACGAUGUCUUCACGAGUGGUAGUGAUGCUCUYGACUUGUUGGCAAAUUUCGCAAGCUCUGCAAGUUUUGAAAAAGAAAARCCUCCAGUUAAACARCCAUUUGAAGAUGGAACUUCAUUGAAAGGAAUUAAACGUGGAAGACCGAAAAAGCCAUAUUCGCCAACACCCGACUCAGGUUCGUGUUAUAAUGACUUKAACCGAUUAUUUUUGSGCCUUUUUUUUCAAUAUGGCCUAAUACCGUGGUAUGCCAYGACURCYCCCAAAAAGAAAAGAAAAAAGAAAAAACUACCAGUAUCGGCCCCUAAGUCUCCCAAAAAGGUCACUCCAACUCYAGAUGAAACAGAGAGCAUCCAGAAACCACUAGAACCACUYCCCAAACAAAUUGAGCAACAUCCAUCACUGCCUCCUUCACCACCGGUAGAACCCACUGAAGUCAAAGAGGAACCAAAACACGAGCUUCUAGAGGAACAGAUUGUUAAAGUGUUAAAGGAAGASAUGGCUGAUCCUCCGAUGGAGGAAGAAGUUACGCACGUCGAGGAACCCGACCGAGAAGUCACUCCACCACCYGAGCCAAUCAAGGAAAAGCGAAGGAAGUCSCGAACGAGUAUAGCUAAAGAACUUGACGAGACGAGACAGGCUUUUGCACUUUAUGGAGAUUGGCAACCGCGUAGAAGCGAAAGGAUCUUCAUCAAUAGUAGUGUUCCACCCCAGAGCAGCGCUGACCUGAGUCCUUUGUCAAGUCCAACAUCAAAGACAAAUGAUUUUGGAUGGCCRAARAAGGCCAAGAAAGUCAGCAAGGGAAAAAAGCCUUCUAAGUCAGAGGAAGCCAGUGAUGCCGAACCAACUGAAGAGGAGUCGCCUGUGAAUGUGAACAAACCUAUUAUAAAAUCAAAAAAGAAGAAAAGCCCAGGAAAAGGCAAAAAGAGACGUUCAUCAUCGACAACUGAUCCAGAUUUCGUUGUGAGAACACCGAAACGAAAGGCUGCGAAAAGAGACCGAAACUACGAAGAAUUGGACGACGACGACGAUGAAGAUCUGGUCGAAGAAGGAGACGAGAAUCAAGAUGACGAUGUGGAAGAGAAAGAUGCUGAAAGUCAAGAUGACGCCGAGGUAGAAAACAUUGAACCAACCACUGCAGSAAAUCAAGAGACMGAUGAAAAAACUGAAAAGAAGUUCGAUAAGCCAGUWGAGAUCCAUAGUGUCCAGGUCACKGCUGAUGAGCAAGAUCAAGAAAUGAAGAACACUGGUAACGAGUCUUCAUCAGAUACAGAGGAGGAAUCGAAAAAGGAAGAUUUUCCAUCACUAAAAGAGGAAAUAACGGAAAAUAAAUUCGUGGAAUUUUGUGCCGAUGAGAAAGAAGGGAGUAGUGCCACUGCGAAACCUAAUGCCACUGCGAAACCUAAAGAUGGACAAACAGCUGACGUGAAAAAGGAACCAGCUCCAGUGGCGACUUCAGCUGAAAGUACAUCUGAUGAGGCGACUGUAGCUGAGCGAAACCAUCUUCCACCAGAACCCGUAAUCUCGUUCACUAAAGAGGAACUGAAAUACAACACCAAGAUGCUGCUACCUGUUGACAGAGUCUUCUUCCGCGGUMGAAUCACAUUCUUUCAGGAACCCGAUCUGUAUGGCAUAGUUUUACCUGGGGAAAGGGGACGUAGACCACACUUGAGGUCGACAGAACAGCUUCUUUCUCAGGCAGUCAAAGAUAUUGUCCCUCCUGCUGUUGAAUAUCUWCCAGUUGGUACACGAGUAUGUGCUCACUGGAGUCCGCAGUAUCGAUGUUUUUACCCAGGCAAUGUAAUUGAAACACCCCCAGAUGAGAAGUCAGAAGUGGGCAARUUGUGGGUGGAAUUCGAUGAUGGUGACAGUGGCAUAUUUCCUUUGUCUGACUUACGAAAGAUAAUCACAGAAUGUCCUGUUCAAGUUGAUGAUGUUGAAUCAGAUGUUGUCCUACCAGAGCGUCGGGCACAUUUCUUGUCGUCAAGAGGAAGCUCUCCCUCCAGCAGACGACYAAAGGAUCCAGAAACGGCACAAAAGAACAAAGAGGAUGAUACGUCGGGAUGGGACAGUACCGAAGACGCRCCAAUACGGAGAACGAGAGGUCGAGGGAAACGACGCGCUAAGAUGAAAGAUCGCAGAUUCAGCGAAGAUGCGACAGACUCGGACGCGCCGCGUGGAAGUCAGGACACCGAUGAUGAAGAUACCGCUGACCAGGUUGAUCAAUGCAAAAAGAAUAAAAACGAAGAGAAGGAGGAUGACUCAAAGCUUAAAUCAUCGCAUACAAAGAGAACCAAAAGGCAAACUAGGAUGAGUAGAGAGGAUUCAAAAGACUCUGACGACAAUACUGCUGAAGAUGAUAAUAAAAAAGUCAUUAAGAAUGAAAAGAGUAAAGAGGUAUCYAAGCAUCUUGAUGACGACACAGAUGACGAAGAAACCAUCCAGGAGCCUGGYACUGUACGACCUAGAGCCAGGUCCUCGCGUUUGUCUGAUCUGGAUCUCAGGAAGAAGUCGUUGACGUUAAAUUUGAACAGUUCACCGCGCUCGAAAAUGGCUGGUAGUGAAAGCCCUGCACAAGAAUCCACUUCUCAAGAGGAAGAUAGUGGUUCAUGUAGUGAAGUUUUCGAUGACAGUCCACAAACAGAAAACAAAACAUUCCAGCCGCGAUUGGGUAAGAGAAGACGUUCUGCACUGGACAGAAGCAAGCAUGAUAAGACGCCUGGAGAGCGUUGGUCCUGGUCCGGGAAGAACCAUCAAAAUAAACGAAAAGGCAAAGGUCGUAAAGUGUUCUACAAGACAAUAGUUCGUGGAGACGAAGCAAUUUCUGUUGGCGAUUGUGCCGUUUUCACUUCUAACCCUUCCAAGUCCAAUAAUCUACCGUACGUGGGCAAGAUAGAGAGCAUGUGGGAGGGAUGCAGUGCUAACAUGGUAGUUAGGGUCAAGUGGUUUUACCACCCUGAGGAAACCAAGGCAGGACGAAAGGCAUCUGACGCCAAGCAUUCAUUAUACCGAUCGACUCAUAUCGACGAAAACGACAUCCAAACCAUAUCCCACAAAUGUGAAGUCGUAUCCCCUGAGGAGUAUAAAAGRCGGACAYUGGAUACCAUAGGAACGAGAAGUACAACCACUGACCGGUCUGAUCGCUUGUUCAGCUGUGUUGGAACAUACGAUCCGAGCACUGAGAAAAUCGAGCAAUAAUAUUASCGUUCUGUAGUCGUCGUGUUCACGUUAGUAUUUUCAAAUAAGAGAUGUACAUUUAAUUUCAAAAUGUUCACAAAUUUUGCAUUCCAGUUCGGUUGAAUUCCCUUCUGUCUUCAUUAUAUAUAUAUAUUAUAUCAUUCUUAGUUGGAAAGGAUUGUUUAAGAGUGUGGUAAUUAUCAUAUUAUGGUUUAUAUUCUAUAUCCAUGCGUUAUCAUUAACUAGAAAUGUUAAUAUGUGCAAGUUUUAAAGAGAAUAAUGGCAGUCGUGUAUCUUGUAUACACAUCGUACGCCUUCAGCAGCGAAAUCGAUAGUAUUUUUGAACAUACUCUUCAAAACCCUUAUGCACUUCGACAGGAGUGAGUUSUCCUUGAWAAACGUUAUUUGCUGYUKAAUUACUUACAUUGGCGGAGUUUCUUGUCCAAACGUAAUCUUUCGUGUUAGGCAAAUUUCGUUUUGAUAAGGAAAGUUUGUUCUUGUUUAUGCGAUUCAAUCACUUGUAAUAAAGUUAUUUUUAUAAAUGAUGUUUAUAUUAUAUAUAUAUAUCUAUACAGAAUACAUGUAUAUCGAGCAACAAAAACGUUUUAUAUAUAGUGUAUAUAUAUGAUAUAUAUUGGAGAAUAUUAAAGACAUAUCUACAUGUAAAUGACUGUAUAGAUAACGUCACUUGUACGACAUGCGAACUGUUCGUGUCAGUAUAAAUCUGUAAUGACAUAGUUUAGUUUUAGAAUGAGAAAUAAAAACUUUCUAAUUUUACAAUCAAA